GAAGGUCACCAAAUGUGUAUAUAUCAGUGAGUGUUUACGUAUCUGUCAUAAGCUUAACAGCAAACACAGUAUAACAACAGAAGAUAUCACAAGGACGAAAGAGCGGUAUGUUUUCCCCAUACCGGUGGUUAGCGUUUUUUUGGUGUGCAGUUGCCCUUACUGACGCCGCCGUCAUUCCCGUGGGUGGUACAUGCGACUACAAUGGCCUCCAGUGUCCAGUGUACCAAGUCCUUUCUCCGCCGACCGAGAAGUACGAGCUUCGCCACUAUGAGCCCGCUUCAUGGAUUGCCACGACUGAGACGGUGGCCGAAUACACACCUAGUGUCAGUCGCAGGAUGUACUUCCGUUUGAAGAACUACUUUGACGGAGGUAACAGCAACAAUCAGAACUUGGAAAUGACUGUCCCUGUGUUGACGAUGCGCGAGAACACGGAUGUAAACGGGAUGUACAGAUACACCAAGUACUUCCUCUUGGUUGAUUCGAACGCACCGGACCCCACCGGAAAUGGCGUGUACAAGUACAACAGGCCUGCGUUUCGUGCGUAUGUCAGACAGUAUGGAGGAAGGCCCACUUUCCAGGAAAAGUUAGAUGAGCUUAAUAAGCUCACAACAAGUAUUGGUGACUCCAGUCUCUAUCGCGCAGAUAGGGCGUACUUCGCCGGUUAUAAUCCCCCAUGGGUCAGGAUCAACAGACGGAAUGAGGUCUGGGUGGAAGCCAACUGAUCCAGCUUUAAUACUAGUCAUAGACUUCUAGGUUCAGUCUAAUCAAAUGUUUUAUAUUGAGAUUUGAGGCGGAUGUACACGAGUGAUUACAGAAAAGCAGGCAGCUGGAAGCUUGUUGAGGAAUACAAUGCCUUCACUCCGUGAUCGAGAUUAAAGGAAAGGUGUUUUUUCUGCUAUACAAUUAUAUUCAGAUGUUUUAAAACAAUGACAUGUGUAGUAUUUGAGAGUUGUCUAAGUACUUUCGUACCAUGUUUAAAUAAAGUUGCUUUAUUCUAUUACAAA